AUGGCAACAAAUGAAGAACAUCAACAGUUUAUUAAUCCUGAUUUAAAUUUAGAGUUUUCAAAUGAUUUAGAUAUUGAUGGGAAUAUCGAAUUACAGCAGCAGAAUUUACAAGAGCAAUCAAAUUGUCACAUCCCAAACCUCAACGAUGCUAUUAACAAUUAUACUUUCGAUCUCAAUGUUCUUCCAGAAUCUCCAAUGAGUGUUGAUGAGUCACCAUCACGUACACAAAAUCAAAGAAUUAAAAAAGAGUUGAACAAUGAUGAAAGAAGAGCUAUAUAUGACAUGCUAUUGGAGAAAAGUGUUGAUGGAAAAUUAAAACGAGGGAUUACAAACAUGGUGGCUGCAACAUUUUCAGUUUCGGUUCGUUCAAUUCAACGUAUUUGGAGACAAGCUAAACAAACUGAAAAUGGUGGAGUAUCUCAUAAAAAGACGGGAAAUUGUGGGCGGAAAAAAGUUGAAAUUGAUUUGGAACUAAUUCGGAGUGUCCCUUUACACAAACGGACAAGUUUAGAAUCUUUAGCAUGUUCUAUAAACAUGAGCAAAAAUAGAGUGUUUAAUCUUCUCAAAUUCGGUGCCAUCCGACGACAUUCGAAUGCCAUUAAGCCUUUUCUAAAAGAGGAAAAUAUGAGAGCUAGAUUACAAUUUUGCAUUUCGAUGCUUAAUGAAAGUAGCAUUCCUCACAAUCCGAUUUUUAAAGAAAUGUACAACAUCAUUCAUAUUGACGAGAAGUGGUUUUAUAUGACAAAAAAAUCAGAAAAAUACUACUUGUUGACAGAUGAAGAAGAUCCAAUACGAAGCUGUAAAAGUAAAAAUUUUAUCUGCAAAGUUAUGUUUCUCGGUGCCAUAGCUCGUCCAAGAUUUGAUGGACAAGGAAAUGAAAUAUUUGAUGGAAAAAUUGGCAUUUUUCCAUUUGUUACACAAGAACCUGCUAGAAGAAACAGUAUCAAUAGACUCACAGGCACGUUAGAAACAAAACCGUUAACUUCGGUAAAUAGAGAUAUUAUGAGAUCAUAUUUGAUUGAAAAACUCUUACCGGCAAUUAAAGAAAAAUGGCCAAGAGAUGAUAUGAUGAAUCCGAUUUUUAUUCAGCAAGACAAUGCAAGAACUCAUGUUGACAAAAAUGAUGAAGCUUUUUGUGAGGCAGCUAGAUACGGAGGAUUUGAUAUUCGUUUGAUGUGCCAACCGGCAAAUAUCCUGAUUUGA